UCUACCUCCACAACAUGAAGAUCAUCACUCAAAUUCUGCUCAUAGUUUGUCUAGGCAUAGGCAUCAUUUCCUUGGCCGUUUACGAACAUAAGCGUAUUCCAGGGCAGGACUAUGAUGUUCGAGUAAUCAAUGGCUUCACCAACAACUCAUCUCUGCCUCUAGUGAUCUGGUGCUCGUCCAACGGCCGUCAACUUGGUGCCCGUGCUCUCCAGGAAGGCGAUGACUUCAGCUGGAGCCUCAGGACCAAUUUCUGGGGCGAUACUCAUUUCUUGUGUACUGUGAAGUGGGACGAAAGGAGAAGGCUGUUCUAUGCGUUUAAGGUUCCUAGGGAUAUUUAUCGUUGCAGCCUCUUCAGGAAAUGUUCUUGGUUGGUGAGAGAAGAUGGGUUUUAUUUCAGUAAUGAUGAAAUAAAUUGGAAGAAAGACUUCUCUUGGUUAUAA